GAUGCCAACACAUCAUAAAAAAACGACCGCCUCAUUAAACUCAUUUAUUAUAAUUAUAUUUAAUUACACUGGUGUAAAGUGAAAAUUUUUCAAGUUUUUUGAAAAUUCGCAGAAAUAAUACAAUUAAAACAAAAUUAGAGAGCGCACGUUUUCCGCUGAAUUUUUCCGACCAACGAAGGAGAAGAUAAAUACAUAAUUCGCGACAUAUUGCAUGGGUUGAAGGAAACUUGCGGCACUUGCGCGAAUUAUUUGCGCGUCGCCGUCAAGUUGGUAGCACUGGCGAGUUGAAGUCUCGGCUGUCUUGUGUUUUUUUCCUUCCGAGUCAAGAGCGAAACAUGGCGGAGGUCGAGUUGGAUGUUGAUAAUUUGAUCACGCGGUUGCUGGAGGUGCGCGGGUGUCGUCCGGGCAAGCCGGUGCAGAUGUCCGAGGCGGAGGUGCGCGGCCUUUGCCUGCGCUCGCGCGAAAUCUUCCUCUCGCAACCCGUGUUGCUGGAGCUCGAGGCGCCGCUCAAGAUCUGCGGCGACAUCCACGGACAGUUCACAGACCUGCUCAGGGUGUUCGAGUACGGCGGCUUCCCUCCCGAGGCCAACUACCUCUUUCUCGGCGACUACGUGGACAGAGGGAAACAGAGCCUCGAGACCAUCUGCCUGCUGCUCGCCUACAAAAUCAAGUACCCUGAGAACUUCUUCCUGCUCAGGGGCAACCACGAGUGCGCCUCCAUCAACCGCAUCUACGGCUUCUACGACGAGUGCAAGCGACGCUUCAACAUCAGGCUCUGGAAAACCUUCACAGACUGCUUCAAUUGUUUGCCGAUCGCUGCCAUUAUAGACGAGAAGAUCUUUUGCUGCCACGGCGGUCUCAGUCCCAACUUGCACAGCAUGGAGGCCAUCAGGGAAAUCAGAAGACCGACUGACGUGCCAGAUACUGGUCUGGUGUGUGAUUUGCUGUGGUCGGACCCUGACAAGGACGUGGUGGGCUGGGGCGAGAACGACCGGGGGGUGAGUUUCACGUUUGGCGCGGACAUCGUGACCAAGUUCCUGAACCGGCACGACAUGGAUCUGAUCUGCCGGGCGCACCAGGUGGUCGAGGACGGAUACGAGUUCUUUGCCAAGCGCCAACUGGUCACUCUGUUCUCAGCGCCCAACUACUGCGGCGAGUUCGACAACGCCGGCGGCAUGAUGUCCGUCGACGAGACCCUCAUGUGCUCCUUUCAGAUCCUCAAGCCGUCUGAAAAGAAAGCCAAGUACGUGUACACGGGGCUCAACUCGGGCCGGCCCUUCGGCCAGCAGCAGCAGAAGCAGAGUGCCAAAAAGUGAAACAAGCAAUAAAACUUGAGAGACGCGUUGUUUUCAGAAUCCCCGACCGAUCCACCGACCGAAUGACCAUCCUCAUCCCAAACGCCCCUUACCACUUGUUGUUACACGAGAAGAAGCACCAAUUUAAAAUUAUAAUAAUAAUAAUACACAAGGGUCAAUUACGGCUUUAAGGAGAGAAGAAAUUAUUCAAAUUAUACUUGGUGAGCAAUUUUUCGACUUGCGAAACCUCUCAUCGGCAAAAAUAUAUAUUAUAAAAAUUGUUGAUCAUUCACUUUUUGAAAAGCGCCAAAUUUACAAAACAGGGAAACCUGAGGGUCUUCCGCAGAAACCGAUUUGAUAAUAUAUCUCACGCAACCAAGAUCGUUUCAAAAUUGCACUUACAAAAAUUUUUAAGGCAUUUUUUUCUGAAACUAUGAUUCUGGAAUUUUGAUACCUUUAUUGCAUUUCAGCAUCGAUUCUGGAUUUCUAUUCACUUCUUCCACUGAUCUCUUUCGAUCCAGAGCCUUUGUUGGAAUUUUCUGUUUUCCUUUUUUUAAUUCGUAACAUGCAUUUUGCAGACUAUCUUCACUUAUUUUUACAGUUUUUCGGGGUCUUGGUUGUGUUGAUGGUCAGUAGGCGUUCAAAAAGAACGACGACGCCUCUUCAUCAUUGUCUCUCUGGUGCUUUCUGCACCGUUUUUUCGAACUUAGCUAGUGCGACUCCUGUUAAAUUAUAUAUAUGAUUAAUUACGGAAAGAAAAAAAAGUUUUUUCGUGUAUGUGAAUCGAGUGACAGAGACUGCAGCAAGAGGAUUAAUUAAAAAUUAAACGGAGGGUGGGUGCGCAGAGUUAUUUUCUUGUCCGAUUAGGCUCUGUACUUAUACGUCGAAAGUAUAUCCCUGUUGAUCGAUAUACGCGCAUAUUUUCCUAUUUAACUUGUAAUUAAAACUAGCAAGUAGAAGUCAAGCAUGAUUAAGAUUUAAAUGACAAAAGAAGCAAAAGAUUAAAUUUUCAAUAGCAAAAGAAAAAGAACCUCUUACUCUGUCCAAAGUGAAGAAAAAUCAAAUUCGGAUCCGAAGCAAAAUUCUUGAUGGUCCUUUGAUUACUGUCAGCUGUAUUGUGCUUAAUAAUUAUUAUAAUUGUGUAAUAAGGAAAGCGACCUAUUGAAUAGGUGAAGCCCUGCCUGCUCUUUCUGUCGAUGAUUUAUUGUCUUUACUGUGUCUCUUCAGAAGUGCUUUUGUUAUUUUUUUGUUGAGUUUUUGCCACAUCACUAUUAAUUUAAUGACCGCUGUAUGAAAAUAUUGAAAUCUAUUAUUUACAAACACUGUUAAAUUAUUAUUUUUCUUAACGAUAGACUUUUCUCUGUAUGUGUUAAGUGCACUUGGUAUUCUUUAGAGUGUGGCGAAUUACGAAUCUUUUGAUCUUCCUGUUGAAAUAAAAGAGAAAUAAUUAUUUCUGACAACAAAAA